AUGAAACUGUGGCUCUUUGCCUGCCUGCUUGCCUGCUUUGUUGGGGCCUGGAUGCCUGUUGUCCAUGCCCAAGGUGCCUUUGAAGACUGCUGCCUGGGUUACCAGUCCAAUCUCAAAUGGAGUAUUCUCAAGCAUGCUAAGUGUUAUCGCAAGCAGGAAGUGAGUGGGAGCUGCAAUCUUCCAGCUGUGAUAUUCUACUUCCGCCAGAAAGGCCCCGUGUGUGCGAACCCGGAGGAUAAGGAUGUGAAGAGGAUCUUGUUGCCUAGGAACAAGCCAGUUGGCAGUCCCAAGAAGUGCACCCCAGGUUCUCAUACUGAAAGAAAGAAGUCAAAUCAUGCAAAGUCCAAGUUAGGGAACCUCAGAAUUACCAGCAGGAGGAAUGGCACCCUAGGCCGGCCUAGGGUGGUGAGGAUGACCAGAAAGAUCACCCAUUAAGUUACUCAGAGUGAGCACCGUCUGGAGAAUGGAAGGAGUCCCCUGAAGUGCUGUCUUCAGGGCAUGA